AUGGUCAAUUCAGCUCUCCCUACCUUGGCUGCCCUGGCCUUUGCCUCCUUCGCCGGAGCCGCUCCUGCCGCCACCCAGUCAGACACUGUCGAGGUAUUUUCCUUCGCCCAAUGGAUCGAGGGGAUCAUCGCGAAUCCCGAUGGAGACAACUUGACGCCAGAUGAGGCUGUAGAGGCCUGGCGUGCGUCCAUCGACCAGACCAGCCCUGUGCCAGACAGCGGUCUUCUUCAGAAGCGAUACUGGUGCAACACGAUCCCUAACACCGAGGCUUACGUACCUGAUGCAGUGUGGUGCAUCAACGACGUCGCUCGCAGAGGCGGUGCGGAGUGCAGAGUCGACACUGUGACCGUCUUCUGUGUCCAUGGUCGUGCCCAGAUUACUGGCGUUAGAGGCGGCCUCAAUCCUACUUCCUCGUCUUGCAACGACGUUGCCCGCGGCGCUGGUUACGUGAUGGACCACUGCACUCGCGCGGACAACAUGGUUCAAGGAGCCGAGUAUGCCCAUGGCAAUGGUAACCUGCUCGUCUGGAUUCGUCGCCCCGACUAG